CUUGUUGAGUCAUGACAAGAAAUUGAAUAGAAUUUAUUAUUAAUUUCACUAUGGGAUUUAUAAGUAAACAGUAAACAUACAUACGAAAUACCGAGCGUAUACCAUCUUUUAAGUGCUAGUAUCUAGGACCGAUUUACCGCAGGCAAUAAUGGAUCCCAAAGAUAAAACUAAUGAUCUCUCAGAAAUCCCAGGUUGCAGUCAUGGAAAUGCGACUCCAAGGAAUGAAAACAAAAAGGAGCAUGAUGAUGAUGAGUCUGUCCGAUCUCGAGAAAUUGCUACACAGUUGCUGGAUGAAACUGUUGACUGCCAAGCCACGACUACAUCCAGGCAUGAUGCCAUAGCAUUGUUAUCGCUUGCUCUAGGAAAGGAGGUGUCCGUCAAGCUCAAUGUCAACAACCCUAAAAUGCCUGUGCUGAUUAUAAAUAGUGGCUCUUUAAGUGAAAGUAAUGAGACUAUUAUGAUACAAGACCAGGAAACAUGUUCCGAUUUGCUUUCUCGCUCAUCAGUGAGGCUUUAUCAGCCUCCAACUCUCUUCAUUCAAGCGUUACGUAAACUGACGAACCAACAGGCAAUCCUCGGUAUGAAUGCAGAGACAUACAUAGACCAUUUAGGACAGCUACUUGGAGUCAGCAACAGCAGAAUACGGCGCAGCAUGGAGAAAAGCCCAGAGUUGUCAGCACCAGAUUCCCUGACCAGUGCUCCACCAUCUUAUUCAUUCGUUUUGAGGCAAAUGGCGGCACGGGCCAGGAGACCACGGCUCAUGGGGACUUUUAUUCCAUCCCCAUCUUUCAUAACCCAUACUCCUCCUCCGAAUUACGCUAAUGCUUUCGAUAUCUAUGUUGAUAACCCACCGCCUCCCCCUGUGAGGGUUUAUACGUACGGCUUCACACCACAGUUGGUUAUAUGUCCAGACUGUGGGUACACUGGCAUGACAGUGAUCAAAGCAAAAAUAACGCUGUGCACGCAUUUGAGUGCAAUGAUACUUUGUCUUUUUUGCUGUUGGCUGUGUGUUCCGCUUCCUUACUUUUUGAGAUCGUGCAAAGAAGUCGAACAUUAUUGUUUUCAAUGCAACAACUACCUGGGCAUAUAUUGUCCGACUAAUCCUGAAAGUUCUGUGCGUUAAUUAUCUUUUUUAAAAGGACGGAAGUUCCAUUACAAGGCUAAGUAAAGCGUGAUUAAAGUUUAUUUGUAACAUUCAGUAUCACACA